AUGACAGAGCAAAAUGUAGAAAAAAUAAAAGAGGAGAUAACCGCACUGUACAAAUUUGCCAAAGGGGCAGCUCACCUGUGGGAGGUACAUGAGAACAACCUGGCAAAGCAUGAGAAAGAGCUGAAUGAGCAGGUAGCCAGGACUAAAAAGGACCAUGAUCAGACACGCCAAGAGCUGGAGGCACAAUUGGACAGUGAUCUGGACAGAAUGAGGCAGGAUGCAAAUGAAAUAGCACUGAAAGAAGAUCUUGUGAAAGCUUUGACUUUGCUGGAAAAGAUAAGGGAGUCGUACGAGACAGCUCAUGAGCAGCAGAUCAGAUCAGUCCAGAACUAUCCAUCGGUGGUCACUGAGGAAGUCAGUCAUUAUGACCUGACAGUCUGCAGUUACUUGUCAGUGUCAAGGGUGGUCCCAAAUGACUUGAUGUAUGCAUUGCAUGAUGAGGAGAUAAUUGAACUAGAGGAUGAAUCUGAAGAUGCUGAGGGAAAAACAAGCACCACAGAAUUCACGGAAAUUCAUUUUGAAGCCCGUGUGAGUGAAACCCCUUCAUAUAAGAAAGAAAUGAUAUCAACAUCAAAAGGUACAGAGUUUUAUAUCCUACAGAGGGAGGCAGAUAGAAGAAGCAUCAAUAAACUACUUGGAGAAAAAAAGGAAGAGGAAGAUAAGGGGGAGAGGUCAGAGACGACAGAUGAUCAGACCUUCCUUACUGAAGUCAGAGAGGAGGAAGCUGGCUCUGAAUGCGAGUCUGAGAGAUUCACUGAGUUGGUUGAAGCCAUAGAUAUUCCUGGGACUGUCUUCAGCCAAAUCCGAGACACAAUCCGCAUGAACUUUCUGGAACAUUUGGAGGACUGGUGCCAGCAGGCUCUUGUAAGAGCUAACACUGUGGUGGUUACUAAGAGUGAAGAGCUGAAUGGGGAGUUGGACCUUAGACUGCACCUUCACCAGCCAAGACCCCGCAGAAUUGAACUGGACAUUCACAAUGUCAGAGCUGCUGAGCUUGUUCUGCAUGCAGAACGCAUAACCCGCCACUGUUCUGGCAUUGACAGGAGUCUUAAUGAGCUGAGGUCAAAGUUCAGGGCCAUGAGUUUGGAGCAUACCAAGAUGGCUCACACGUUUGAAGAAUAUAUUGAAUCAUUCGAAGAAAUCUUUGUCAAAGCUACCAAAUCUGCAAGGCUAGUAAAACUUCAGAAUCAGGUGGAAAUAGAGCUGGACAAAUUUAUGUCCUCCAUAAGGGCAUCUUUACGUCAGUUUCGUCAACACAUGGAUGAAACUCUGCUGAAGCUGAGAGGAUCUAAUGCAAAAUUCAUCAGAUCUUUUCGGUUAUUCUCUGAUGGUGGAAACUUUUGCCCUGAAGAGAUUGAAAUUUACCGCAAGAAGCUGGACAAAAUGUCUUUGAUGAUUGACAGCGCAGAAGGAUCAAUCAUGGCAGAGUUGGAGAGUGUGGAGUCCAAGUUCCUGGAUAGUGCCACCAAAACUGCUUCCAAUUUUGAGGACAGAUUUAAGAGUCACAUGAGUGAUUUAAUUUUUAUGGAGUGCAUUGCCCAUGGUCUCACAAAUGUACAAGUGAAAAUCAAAGCUGAGGUUGCCAGGAGCAAUGCACAGGCCCAGAACAUAGCUGAUAUGUUGAAGGAGCUUCAGGAGAAACUCUCUACGUAUGCCAACCCAAGUCUGGAUAAUGAGCCCUUCGCAGCCAGCCUGGUCAACAAUUCACUGAUGGAUGUUUGUAAGGCUGUAUUCAAACGUAAUCGAUACCUACACUGUAAGAGUGCUUCUAAAACGAUCCCAGAUGAAAGCCCUAUUUCAGUUAAAGAUCAGCACCACAGUCAUGAAGAUAAAUCCAACAGAUCAUCAAUUGCCUCAUCAGCUGGAAUCAUUAAAAGUAUAUUCAGGGCCCAAGCAAAGGCAAAGGAAGUUGAAAUCAGUACUGAACCUGGCCUAGACACAUUAGCAUCGGACUGGGAAAAAAGCAAGCCACAAGUUCAGGAAUCUAAUAAAGCAAAUGCGCAUCGCAAAGCUAGUCAGCUCAGUGGAUCAGAAGCUGCAAAAGAAGCAGCAAUCAGAAAGACAAGUUCAGGCAAGUCAGGCAGAUUUGACAAGAAAUUUUUUUCCGGAGAAAUGGAAAGCCUCCGUGACGAAGACAAUGGGAGUAAAUUCUUCUUGCAAAUUAUCUGGAGCACAGUUAAGGAAUCUUUAGAAGGACUGGUGACAACAGCUGAGGUCUAUUAUAACCAGAAAGGAUUGCGGCCAAUUACUCGGCCCCAAGCUAUCCCAGAAACUUGUGACCAGUGUGCAGACAUACUGUUUGUCAAGUUGCAGUCGUAUUAUUCUCAAGCGGAAGUCUACCACAAUCAGUGUUUGAAAG